CUCUCUCUCCCUCCCUCUCGUCACAGAGCAAAGCACAAGAUCUCUCUCAUCAAUGGAGCGUUCCGCUUGGCCUAGGAACCUCUCCUCAAGCCGCAAGCGCGCGAUCAAGGAGCUCCUCCAUGGCCAGAACCCCACGAAGAAGCUCAGACAUCUCUUCGACGCUCACUCUCAACCUGGCAAUAACACACGGCAGCCCUUGUUUGCGGAAGUUCUGGUCGUCAACGGCCUCGGGUCGUUCAGCAACACCCUAUCCGAAUCGAUGAGCGCCGAGUCCGACGAGGUCAUGCAGGUCCCGACCAACGCCUGUGUCUGGUCCGAGGUCUCCGAUGAGGAGAGCAUCAACACCCCGUUCCGGAGAUCUUUUGGAGAUGACAGAAAGAUGGAGGAUCCAGAGCUCGAGGAGGGCGAGGCCUAUUCUUACCAUGACAACGAUCAUGGUUUCGAUGACGGCAUAGACCCUGAUGUUUCUCUAUACAUUGAGGAGAAACUUCAGGAAGUUCUGGGACACUUCCGUGACGAUUUUAAAAGAGGGGUAACAGCUGAGAACCUGGGGGCAAAAUUUAGUGGUUACGGUUCGUUUUUACCAGCUUACGAGCGAUUUCCACCCAGAGGUCAGAAUUAUGGUACACCACGGUCGACACGUACGUCAAGUGGGGAGGAUUUGCGCCAUGAUUCUUCAGUUUCCUUACCCACCACCCAUGCGAAUAGGGAUCUACCUGUUUUUGCUGCUACCAUGUCACACGCUUCAAGGAAGAAAACGAAUGUGCAAAAUUCAGUUAAGCAAGAUGGGUGCAGGCCACCUCUCCAGGCUGUAGAAUAUUUUGACAGUAAGUCUGCCAAUUUGUCUAAUCGGAAAUUGCUUAAAGGUUAGAACCCUUGCCAAUGGCCGGCGAGGGUCGCGAUGCCUUGCCGGUGGCCAGUCGCUGGCCAUGGCCGAGUACCGGACACAAGCCAAAGGGAAGGAAAA